AUGAUCGUGGGUCUCGAGCGAGACCGCUUUAUAGGUUGGAGAAUGGGUGUUAGACAUCAUCGCCUCUCUCUCUCCCAGCAUCUGCGGAUGUCAUCCCCACCUCUUCCUGAUAUUCGAUACGACGAGUCGAUGUCUGGACCAGAAGCCGCGGGAAGGGAUAUGCGCUUCGCAGGUACAAGUAGGAAUGCCGAGCUCUCCACCGUUGAAGUCUCCGGGCUGAAGAUUGUCACUCGACCGGACGUUGACGAGUCCCUUGAGCAUUCGAUCCACCUUCCGAUUGAACAAUAUGAGAAAGUGAUUGACCGUGCGGCGGAUUACUGGAAGGACGAGGUCCUGUGCACAGACUGGAUGCGGAUGGUCUCAAUCAGGCUCACGAGGAGGGUCGACACUUUUGGGUCGUUUGCGGUGUACAUGACACAGAAUCUGCCUAAAGUAGAGCGUUUCGCACUCCAGAAUGGCAAGUCUUCGUCCAUAUUGACUAUGCUCAAACCCUUCGAUGUGACGUUCCCUCCUGCCAUUGUGUUUGGGCAACCUGUGCGUGUACUCCUACCCCUCUCAUCCCUCACAUGCCAGAGUAUGGGUUUUGAGAACCGUUGCGAUGUCGUAGGCCAAAUCCGGGAGCAGCAUCCUCUCCGACUCGACGCCGCCAAUCUCAAAGUCAGCGAUGACGUCGUCGACUUUCUCGUCUUGAUCAGCGCACGUCUCCUUCAUCUCACAUGGCUUGGCCAGAACCGGGCAAGGCGCUCGAAGCAGCGCUCCCUGCGUCCGAGUCGGCUGUUCAUGACGCUGUGUGAUGUUGCCGGUUGA